AUUUAAAAAAAAAGAAAAAGAAUUGUUAUCGUUGAUCGUUUGUUAUUGUCGCGAGAGAGCGUUGCAAUGCGGACGAUCAAAGGCAGAGACGUCGAACGAAGGAGGAGAUUGGUGAGGAUUAAGGAUUGUGUAUUUAGUUUAAAGAGGAAAAAUGGAGAAGAAAAGCAAAACAUUACUUGUUAGGAAAAGGAACGAUUGAUACUACAAACUUAAUUAACCAAUAUGUCGUCAAAAAAUGAAAAGUCUGAUACUGCAAGGCCAAGAGGUGGGCGUUUAGCUCGAAGAGCUAGAUCUUUUAAGGAAGAUUUCUUCGGAAGAAUAACACAGAUGAGAAGCCCAUCAGGUACACGUUCUGGUUCUCCAAGUAAAACUCUUUAUUCUAAAUCAAGAAAUAAAGGUGCUACUAAUGAUUCAGAACAAGAAAAUGCUAACAGUGGACCUGGCAAAGUUUCCAAUGAUUAUCUGCUAGUGUUGUCUGAAAUAAUAAAUGUAAAUGUUUGUAAAAUAAAAUGUUCUUCUGUAUUAAGAUUAAUUUUUUAAAAUAUUUUUUUUUAU